AUGCUUAUCCUGUCUAUUCGGGCCACGCUUCCGCAGGGCAUCUUCAGCGAGCUAUUCAAACUUUCGCCGAGCAAGGUGGAUUUCAUCCAUAAGCCAGUCCAGCGAUUGAAAAUAAUCCGCAAGAGUCCACUAUCUGCCUUCGUUCAUUACUGUGGCCUCGUAGAAUGUCUCAAGUUGGUCAUAGAGGUGUCCGAGUUCGUCCCAUUGCCGUGGGCUAAGGCGUUGGUCCAGGACGUCUCUGUCGCUUUGUGGAGGCUCAUAUUGAUCGCAGAAGAGCUGGAUACGUUCUUUGACAUUAAGAGCGCAUCCAAUUAA